CUCGAAUUGAAACUCAACAAUUAUCAUAAAAUAUACCGUGACCAUCUUUAAAUAUGUUAUAAAAAUGACGCUUAUAAAUUAUACUAUAACAGAAAAGUUUCAUUAUUUAUAAUGACGGAGAACAAUAGACAUUUACGUAAAGAAAACAGGAAGCAUGGGUGAAGGCAUCAUUAUUUUUGCACUAUGGUAUAUAGUAAUUGCCUACAAUUAUUAUAUUGAAAACUGCUCCAAUGAUGAGAAGAAUAGUGAUUCUCAAAGUAAAGCGUCACAGAUUCCGGAUUUUAUCAUGAAACAGCUAAGUGUACACGAAACAAAUGACGAUAAUGUCCCUGUAACCGAAGAAAUAGUAACGGUAGGUGGUACGAAAGAACCUGAAAAACCAGCUGAGACUGUUGAACCAGUCAUUGACAACAAUGAAGAUACAGCUGACGAAUUCAUACAUGAAGAAAUUGAUGAAAACUAAAAAUUUUUUCUAACGAUAGAAAAAAUUAAGAAAACAACUGAAAUGAGUCUUUGUAUAUUCCUUUAGAUUUUUUGAAAAACUUACAAUCGAGGUUUUUGUAUGUUCAUGUAUUAAGCAGUUUGCAUUUUGUAUCUCAUUUAUUUCGUAUCUCAUAUAAAAUUACAUAUUAU